AUGCCAUCCAGAGAAAAUGGUCUUUCUGGCUCUGCUCCUCACCCCGGGGGCCAGGUUAAUGAUGCUAGUACGACAUUCUCCCCCAUCGCGAUAUGUGGAAUGGCCCUUCGACUCCCUGGUGGACUGGGGAGUCCGCAAGACCUCUGGGACUUCUUGAUAGCCAAAGGCGAUGCGCGGUCCCGGGUCCCUGAGUCACGAUACAAUGUAUCGGCCUUCCACUCCCCAUCCAAGCGACCAGGCACGGUGGUGACUGAGUACGGCUAUUUUCUCGACGAGAGCAUCAAGCUCGGUGCGCUGGAUGCGUCCCGCUUCUCACUCAGUCGGGCUGAACUGGAGGCCGCCGAUCCACAGCAGCGCCAGAUGCUAGAAGUAGUAAGAGAGUGUUUCGACGACGCAGGGGAAGUCAACUUCCGUGCCCAGCCCAUUGGCUGCUACAUGGGGUGUUACGGGGAGGACUGGCUGGAAUUGCAAAACAAAGACCCCCAGCAAAAUGGCAUGAACCGGGUGGAUGGAUAUAGUGACUUCAUGCUGUCGAAUCGGGUCUCAUAUGAAAUGGACCUGCGCGGGCCCAGUAUAACCAUCCGCACCGCGUGCUCGUCUGCGCUAGUGGGGCUAAAUGAAGCGUGUCUGGCCCUCCAACGAGGUGACUGCGACGCCGCUGUCGUUGGGGGUUCGAGCUUGAUCUUUGCGCCAGCCGCGACGGCGUUCAUGACCGAGAAGGGAGUUCUGUCGCCCGACGGGUCCUGCAAGACCUUCUCGGCGGAUGCAAACGGCUACGCGAGAGGCGAGGCCAUCACCGCCGUAUUCGUCAAGCCUCUGGCCGCAGCCCUUCGCGACGGGAAUCCCAUCCGGGCGGUGAUCCGGUCUGUCAUGUCCAACAGCGACGGGAAAACACCGGGCAUCGCCCACCCCAGCACCGACAGCCAGGAGGCUCUGAUCCGGAAAGCAUACCGGGCUGCUGGAAUUACGAACAUGGCCGAGACAGCCUUCGUCGAGUGCCAUGGCACGGGCACCCCAACAGGCGACCCGGUCGAAACGCUGGCCGUUGCGCGGGUCUUUGGGGAUGCAGGCGUGUAUAUUGGAUCAGUCAAGCCAAACCUAGGCCAUUCCGAGGGCGCGUCCGGGCUGACAUCCCUGAUCAAGGGUGUCCUCGCUCUGGAGAAUCGCAUCAUUCCCCCCAAUAUCAAAUUCACUGCCCCCAACCCGAAGAUCCCAUUCGAGGCCUGCAAAUUGACGGUGCCCCUUGAUCCAACGCCGUGGCCGGAAUCGCGAUGGGAGCGAAUCAGCAUCAACUCGUUUGGCGUGGGAGGAUCCAACGCGCAUCUCAUCCUCGACUCUGCUCGCAGCUUUCAGAUCCCCAGCCCGACGCCGGAUGAUUUCCUUGCCGGCCCCCAGCUGCUGCUUCUCUCCGCCAGCGUGGCUGGAUCGCUGCAGCGGAUGACCGAGACCUUCGAGAACUGGGUCCCGCAACACCAGGACCAGCUGUGCAAUCUGGCCUACACCCUAGCUACCCGCCGAGAGCAUCUCCCGCAUCGAUCCUUUCUGAUUGCCGGUCCGGACCGAAUCGUCACCCCGUCGCCCGGCCGGAAGGUGCCCACCUCCGCGCCCAGCCUCGCCAUGGUCUUCACCGGUCAAGGCGCACAAUGGGCACGCAUGGGACGGGACCUCCUCCUGCGCUCCGACUUCUCGUUCCAGAACACCAUCCAGGCGCUGGACAAAUACCUGAAAGCAGCCCCGAACGGUCCCAAGUGGCGAUUGGAGGAAGAGCUCCUCAAGCCGGCCCUGACGUCCAGAGUCCAGACUGCCGAGCUCUCGCAGCCCCUUUGCACAGCCGUUCAAAUCGGCUUGGUGGAUCUCUUCGCCGCAGUCGGAGUCACCCCGGCGGCAGUGGUCGGCCACAGUAGCGGAGAGAUUGGAGCUGCCUAUGCCGCGGGAGCCUUGACGGCGCGGGAGGCCAUCAUCGCAGCCUGGCAGCGAGGCCUGGCCGCUGCAGGGCAAACCCGCCCUGGUGCCAUGGCGGCCAUCGGGCUCGGGUGGGAGGAGGUCCAGAGCUUUCUCUCACCUCCCGCUGUUGUGGUCGCUUGUGAAAAUUCCCCCAAGAGCGUCACUCUCUCCGGAGACGCCCAGGAGGUGCAAGCCGCGGUUGCACGGAUCAAAAAGGAGCAUCCCACAGUCACGGCUCGGCUUCUCAAAGUUGAUAAGGCCUAUCAUUUCUACCACAUGCGCGAGGUCGGAACCAACUACUCAACCACCAUCGGCCGCGACCUGGUAGGAAGGAGACCCGGAAAGCCGUUCUUCUCCAGCGUCACUGGCAAGCAGGAACAGGAUCUGCCCCUGGACGCGGCCUACUGGCAACGCAACCUGGAAUCCCCCGUGCUUUUCCGGGCCGCGGUCUCCGAGCUCUUGGAUCAUGUCGACAAUGUCGCCUUUCUGGAGAUCGGACCACAUGCCGCGCUCGCAGGGCCCGUGAGACAGAUCCUGACUGCUCGGGCAUCUUCAAACUCGGUUCCGUACAUCGCGGCGAUGAGCCGCGGUGAAGAUUGCGUGGAGUCGUUCCUGACAGCGCUCGGAAAGCUCUUCCAGCUGAACUUUCCGAUCAGCCUGAAUGCCCUCUAUCCCUCGGGAUCUUGCUUGCCCGGACUGCCUCGGUACCCCUGGGACCAUGGAGUGGACUACUGGCGCGAGUCCCGCAUCUCCCGUGAUUGGAGAUUCCGCCAGUUUGCCAGCCAUCCGCUUCUCGGCGAUCGUCAGUUGCUCGGCACUGAUCUGGAGCCGAGCUGGAGAAACAUGAUGCGGGUUGAGGACUCUGGCUGGCUGCGAGAUCACAAAGUUGAGGUGGAUAUCAUUCUGCCGUGUGCGGGCUAUCUGUCAAUGGUCGGAGAGGCGAUCCGACAGAUCAGCGGAUCACAGGGGAGCUACACCUUGCGAGGCGUGGUGAUCAGUUCGGCCCUAGUGCUGCGCGAGGGAACACCCACCGAGGUGGUGACGACCUUCCAUCCCCAUCGGUUGACUGAUUCGCUAGAUAGCCAAUGGUGGGAAUUCACCAUCGCCUCGUACAACGGCCAGACGUGGACCAAGCACUGCACUGGCCAGGCCUCGGGUACGGCGGCGGAGGAAGAGCAGACGCGGACGGCCGCUCUCAGGGAUGCCCUGCCGCGGAAGUUACAAUCCAAGAAGUACUACGACCUCAUGGACCGCGCAGGCUUGAACUUCGGACCGAUGUUCAAGCGCCUGAUCAAUAUUGAAACGGGCACGGGGGAGAGAUUAGCGAGAGCAAAGGUGACCACGAACCAAGCGGGAGACGAAACGUACUAUCACCUCCAUCCCACUAUCAUCGACGCCUGCAUUCAGGCGGCUCCUCUUGCUGGCCUCCUGGGCACUGUAGACGCCAAGGCAUACCGGCGAGUGCCCACCAAGAUCGACCGUGUGAUAGUCCGGCAAACCCCCACCAGGGUAGAUGACCUGGAGGUGUCGGCCUCAGCCACGUGUGUCAAAGGCACCGGGGAAGUUAUUGGGCAGGUCCAGCAAUGCAUCGCUGAUGGUACCAUUGUCAUGCACAUGGAAGGCUUGAAGCUUUCGCCUCUCGAAGAGGCCGGCGAGGCAGGAAAGACCGACGGCCUUGAAACCACCGCCCGCCUGACAUGGGGACCGCAUAUCGACUUCUUGGACGCCACCACGCUGAUCAAGCCGUCCUUUCCUAGGCAUCUGUACACGCCGGCUUUGGACGAGCUGGCUCGGUUAGGUAUGAUCUACGGCAGUCGGCGCAUCAAAGAUGCUAGCACGCCGGUGGCGCAUAUGCCCCUGUAUCGCGACUGGAUGAACCGCCAGGUGGAAGCAAUGCGGCUUGAAGAAAAAUGGUCCACCUUCCUUGCCCUUGAGGAUGAGGCCCUUGUGGAGAGGAUCGAACGACUGGUGCAACACCUGUCCGAGACUCCCGUCGUCGACUGCGCUAUCGGGCUCCAGAAAGUAGCCACCAACAUCGCGGCGCUCUUCACCGGCGAAACAGAGGCCCUCGAUAUCCUUCUCGCGGAUGACACCUUGUAUAAGCUCUAUGUUGUCACCGACGCGUGUGACCGGUCCCAAUUCAUCCAACACCUAGCCCAUACUAAACCCAACCUGCGAAUCCUGGAGAUCGGAGCCGGCACCGGCGCGACGACGGCGAGCAUCCUGAAGCUGCUACGCCUGCCCAGCUCUACUGGCUCCAGCUCCACACCCUCCCUUUUCUCCAAGUACACGUACACGGAUAUCUCCUCGGGCUUCUUUGUGACGGCCAAGGAGCGGUUCAGUGGGGAGAGCAACAUUGAGUAUCGCACCCUGGACAUCAGCAAAGACCCGUCCGAGCAGGGGUUCGACGGGGAGAAGUACGAUCUGAUCCUCGCGACCAACGUUCUGCAUGCAACGAACUACCUCGGUGAAACCCUCCGAAAUGUUCACAAGCUCCUCGACCCGAACGGGCGACUGCUCCUUCACGAGCUGAACUCCCCCUCAAAGUGGCCCAACUUCAUCUUCGGCACACUGGCGGGCUGGUGGUACGGUGGGCCGGAUGGAAGACCGGACGAGCCUUGCGUAUCCCCGGCUCGUUGGGAGUUGGAGCUGAAAGGCGCCGGUUUCGCCGGCUUGGAUGCGGUGGUGCUUGACGGCGAGCAGCCGCAUCAGCUGAACGCCAUCAUGGUGGCCAAGCCACAGGUCGAUGAUGGUACAGACCAGAAGAGAACUGUCAGUCUGCUCUGUGACCCCAGUGAUGACAGUUAUGCGGACUCCUUGUCGCGCCGGCUUAACAACCGAGGCUACGAGGUGCAGACAUUCCGGCUCGGGGACGAACUGCCCCAGUCCCAGGACAUCAUCUCCCUCCUCGACUGCACUCGCCCAUUCUUCGAAGACAUCGAUGCGACUCGUUUCGCAGCCUUCCAGCACCUUCUAAAUACCGUUGGGGAGUCGGGUCUGCUGUGGAUCACGCACCUCUCUUAA